AUGGAGCGGCCGGAGUCGGUGGAGGCCUGGCUGGACGACCACCGCGACUUCGCCUUCUCCUACUUCGUGCGGAAAGCCUCCAGGGAGAUGGUCAAUGCCUGGUUCGCUGAGCGCGUCCACGCCAUCCCCGUCGGCAAGGAGGGCGGCCGCGGCCGCGCCGAGUCCUGCCCGAGCCCCCCGCAGCCCGGCCCCCGCGCGGAGGCCGGCGCCCCGGGCACCCCCGCCCGCAAGAUCUCCGCCUCCGAGUUCGACCGGCCGCUGCGGCCCAUCGUGGUCAAGGACGCGGAGGGCGCCGUCAGCUUCCUCUCGGACGCGGACGAGCAGCAGCAGAUGCCGCUCCCGGCCCGCCGGUUCGAGCGCGACGGCGACGGGGACCAGUGCGCGCGGCUGCUGGAGCUGGUGAAGGACAUCUCCAGCCACCUGGACGUGGCCGCGCUCUGCCACAAGAUCUUCCUGCACAUCCACGGCCUCAUCGCCGCCGACCGCUACUCGCUCUUCCUGGUGUGCGAGGACAGCUCCAACGACAAGUUCCUGGUCAGCCGCCUCUUCGACGUGGCCGAGGGCUCCACGCUGGAGCAGGCGUCCAGCAGCUGCAUCCGCCUCGAGUGGAACAAGGGCAUCGUGGGCCACGUGGCCGCCCGCGGCGAGCCGCUCAACAUCAAGGACGCCUACGAGGACCCUCGCUUCAACGCGGAAGUGGACCAGAUCACGGGCUACCGGACGCAGAGCAUCCUCUGCAUGCCGAUCAAGAACCACCGGGAGGAGGUGGUUGGCGUCGCCCAGGCUAUCAACAAGAAGUCGGGAGACGGCGGGACGUUCACCGAGAAAGAUGAGAAGGACUUCGCUGCGUACUUGGCAUUCUGUGGCAUCGUCCUGCACAACGCACAGCUCUACGAGACGUCGCUGCUGGAGAACAAGAGGAACCAGGUGCUGCUGGACCUGGCCAGCCUGAUCUUCGAGGAGCAGCAGUCCCUGGAGGUCAUCCUGAAGAAGAUCGCUGCCACCAUCAUCUCCUUCAUGCAGGUGCAGAAGUGCACCAUCUUCAUCGUGGACGAAGACAGCGCCGACGCCUUUUCCAGCGUGUUCCACAUGGAGCGGGAGGAACUGGAGCGAGCGCCCGGCACCGGAACAAGGGAGCAGGACGCUGGCCCCGUCAACUACCUGUUCGCGCAGUACGUCGCCCGCACCAUGGAGGCGCUCAGCAUCCCGGACCUCAGCAAGGACCGGAGGUUCCCCUGGGCGAAUGAAGGCAUGGGGGGCGUAAGCCAGCAGGGCAUUCGGAGUUUGCUUUGUACGCCCAUCAAAAACGGGAAGAAGAACAAAGUCAUCGGGGUGUGCCAGCUGGUGAACAAGAUGGAGGAGAGCACCGGCAAGGUGAAGCCAUUCAACCGGAACGACGAGCAGUUCCUGGAGGCCUUCGUCAUCUUCUGCGGCCUCGGCAUCCAGAACACACAGAUGUACGAGGCGGUGGAGCGCGCCAUGGCCAAGCAGAUGGUCACCCUGGAGGUCCUGUCCUAUCACGCCUCGGCUGCCGAGGAGGAGACCCGGGAGCUGCAGGCCUUAGCGGCGGCCGUGGUGCCCUCCGCCCAGAGCCUGCGCAUCACCGACUUCGGCUUCAGCGACUUCGAGCUGUCGGACCUGGAAACCGCGCUGUGCACCAUCCGGAUGUUCACCGACCUCAACCUGGUGCAGAACUUUCAGAUUAAGCACGAGGUCCUCUGCCGCUGGAUCCUGAGCGUGAAGAAGAAUUACCGGAAGGACGUGGCCUACCACAACUGGCGGCACGCCUUCAGCACGGCGCAGUGCAUGUUCGCCGCCCUGAAGGCGGGCAAGAUCCAGAGCAAGCUGUCGGACCUGGAGGUGCUGGCCCUGCUGGUCGCCGCCCUGAGCCACGACCUGGACCACCGCGGCGUGAACAACUCCUACAUCCAGCGGAGCGAGCACCCACUGGCCCAGCUGUACUGCCACUCGACCCUGGAGCACCACCACUUUGACCAGUGCCUGAUGGUCCUCAACAGCCCGGGGAACCAGAUCUUCAGCGGGCUCUCCAUCGAGGAGUAUAAGACUGCGCUGAAGAUCAUCAAGCAGGCGAUCCUGGCCACAGACCUGGCGCUGUACAUCAAGAGGCGAGGAGAGUUUUUUGAACUUAUAAGAAAAAACCAGUUCAACCUGGGAGACCCGCACCAGAAGGAGCUGUUUCUGGCGAUGUUGAUGACGGCGUGCGACCUCUCUGCCAUCACGAAACCCUGGCCCAUUCAGCAACGGAUCGCAGAGCUGGUGGCGGCGGAGUUCUUUGACCAAGGAGACAAAGAGAGGAGGGAGCUCAACAUAGAGCCCAUGGACCUGAUGAACAGGGAGAAGAAGAACAAGAUCCCCAGCAUGCAGGUCGGCUUCAUCGACGCCAUCUGCCUGCAGCUGUAUGAGGCUCUGGCGUGCGUGUCCCCCGACUGCUCCCCGCUGCUGGACGGCUGCAGGCACAACAGGCAGAAGUGGCAGGCGCUAGCCGAGCAGCAGGACGCGUUGGUCAACGGGGCCAGCGGCUCCGCCCCGCGCAGCUGA